AUGUCCGCCAUACCACCGCCGUCAUUGGCGCCACACCUUCACAAGAACCCCCGAGUACUCGCCUGCGUGCUCUGCCAGCAUCGCAAGAUCAACACGCCCGCCCCCGCCCGCAAACGUCGCCGCCCCAACCAAGACCUCCAGGAGCGUCUUGCCAGAUGCGAGGAACUUCUGAAGCAUUAUGCGACCGGCGGGUCUCCUCCCAAUACCUCUUCCAAUCCUCCUUCCCUCUCCACGCCCUCAAGCGCCGCUAGCACCACCAAGAAGGAGGUAAUAGACACUCCCAGCAGCAUAAGCACCGAAUCGCAGACGACCAUUCAACCUCGCUACAAAAUCAUCCAAGAAGAUGGUGUCACAAGAUUCAUGGAUAGUCGAAUAUGGGGAACCGUCGUCGAAGAGCUUCAAGCCAUGCGUAGUCUCGUCGAGGCCGAGGAGCCCGAGGAUUCCAGCAUCCUGAGCCCUGAAGAGCUCACACCCGAUAACAACACCGACUUGAUCCUCUCCCUCGACUUUACAAACACCACUACCGAGGACCUCCUCCCAGAUCCCAUCCAUGUCUUUCGACUCUGGCAGGUUUAUAUCGACAAGGUCAACCCCCUCAGCAAAACGAUACAUCUUCCCACAGUGCAGCCAUACGUCGUUGAAAUUACCACCAACACCUCCAACGUUCCCUUGGACUACCAGGCCCUGAUCUUCAGCAUCAUGUCCAUGGCAACCCUCUCGCUCGAAGAGUCCGAGGUUAUCCAGAUGCUCGGCAUUCCCAGAGAAAAGGCUUUGCAAACCUUUAACGCCGGCGCAAAGGCCGCUCUUAUCCGCUUCAAUUAUCUGAAGAAUUACAACAUGACCAGUCUGCAGGCACUCAUGAUCUACCUCUUCUCUCUCGAAAGCCGAAUCGACACACACUCCGCCUGGGUCAUGAGCGCGACUGCUGUUCGCCUCGCCCAAAAAAUGGGUUACCAUCACGAUGGUGAAAAGCUCGGUAUGACGCCCUACGAAACCGAGAUGCGGCGCAGAAUUUGGUGGCAGCUGUACAUGCAUGACUUCAAGCUCGGCAUGUUUUCCGGCCUAAGCCAGCAAUCCAGCUUUAACAUGAAAUGGGAUACCAAAGUCCCGAGCAAUCUCAACGAUGCCGACUUGUUUCCUGGCUCUACCGAGCCUGUACGCCCCAGAGAGGGCCCCACCGAAAUGAUUUUCGUCAUGAUCAUGUGUCAGGUAUUCGAUUUUAAACGAAUGAGUACCACGGUAGACGAAGAGGCAGAACUCGAGGCUGCUAUUCUUGGUCAGAGCGACGAGAGUGAAUACGACAUCGCCAAGCAUCAAGCCAUGUUCAACAAAUACCGCGCUCGGUCUCGCAUCAUCGAGGAGAAGCUUAUCGAGACAGAGGAAAAGUACUGCGACCCUUCGGCUGGCAAUGCCCACAUUGCUGCUAGGGCUUUCCGGCCCCUCAUGUUCAAAAACAUGGAGGAGAUCCUAGUCCCCAUGAAAGAUCAGCCCGAAUGGGGCACUGAAAUAUUUGGACCCAAAGACAACUUGUUCAAGGUCAUGGUCCUGGGCUCUGAGCAUCGGCUCUCCCUUUACCAAGGCAUGAACGAAGCUGGGUUCAUAUGGUUUAUGAGAAUCACAUUCUCUAUUGACUUUUUCUCGUUUCUUACUUCGCAGCUUUGCACACAUACCCGCGGCACCUUGGCCGAUCGAGGCUGGAACGCGGUCGAAUGCACAUAUCAAUAUCACCCCGAGCUGUUUGACCUGUCACAAAAGACGCGCGUCGCGCAAACUCAGCUGGCUCUCAAGGCUUGGAAGGCUCGCGAAGCCUCGUAUUUGCAGGCCGGCUGGCCGCUCGAGACGCCGCGCUUUAUACAGCGCCUCCGUGAGCUUCUUCCAUCUAGCGACUGCCGGUCCUCGACGGCGAACUCAACGACGGCGACGCCCGCCAUGCCCAUGAUGGGCCUUGAGAUGAGUCAGCAGCCCAUACAGACAGGUAUGGAAACGGAUCCAUUUGCGGGUAGCUUCCUAGACAUGCCACCCAUGAGUUGGGACAUGUUUGGUGACUUGAUUCCCGCCACCUCGGACCAGAUCCCGGCCGCCCUUUACGGCAACUAUGGCCUUGGAAAUCUAAAUAUGAACAAUCUCAACGGCAUGGGUCGCAGUCGUGUUACUGAGACGAGCCGAGUACAUGAAAUGCAUAUAAGCGGUCCAUUGAAGAGCCGGCGAACCACAGUAGCCGAAAAAGGAAACAAGACCGCAGGCCUAGCCACCGAGGCCGCUGAUUGGUUGAUAGGUGAUUUUGGACCCACUGUUGCACCUUUACACUUCAUGAUACGUACAUUGGUUAUGGGUGUUGCUAUUACUAUUUAUCAUCGUGGAAUCCCUGAAAAGGGCAGAUGA